AUGCCUAUAUGUGGAGUUUCUAUAAGUAAAAGGUGUGUAUACUUAAAUCUUACAGAGAUGUUGUUUACAUGGACGAAAAUUAAACUACAGAUGACAGCCCUGCGCGAUCUAAUCAAUAGAAGUAGGAAGAUAUGCAGUUGCAUUAAACCAUAA